AUGUCUCCCGCAAACUCCUAUGAACACAAAAAGUUUGAUUUGAAAACUCAACAAUACAAACACAAGAAAUUUGGAGUGCUCUCGAACAAACGCAAAUACUAUGAAGAGGAAAAAGAAAAUUUACAACCCAUAACUGCCCAAACUAUAUUGGAUCGUGGGGCUAAGGAAACACAACAACAGCUGUUACCAGCUAAGAGGAGACAAACUAAACCCUUAUUUAGACCCUGGUUGGAGGAAGCUGAAAUGAAGCCAGCAUGUAGAACAACAUCCAAAGUAUUAACACCCUUAAAUACAAAUAUCUUAUCACAUCAUCAAGGACCUCAUAAAAACACCAAAAAACUUUCGGAAUCGAAGCAACAAAGACGUAAGCGCAACAAUUUGGCUAGUCCCAGCAAUCAAAGCAACAAGCUGGAAGAACAAUUGUUUUACCAGCAACAAUAUGCCGCCUAUCAACAAUAUCAAGCUUUGGUCAUACAGCAAAAUAUUAAAACUGCUUUGUAUUUAAAGCAUUUACAUCAGUUAAACCUACAAAGACAAGGGCAGCUGUUUGUUUUUGGCCAGUAG